CAGAGGAAGUAACUUUUUUUUUUUGUAAUUUUUUUUACUAUUCGACCGUAGCCAAAGUUUUCCCAGGUUUAAGUGAACAGACCUGUUCUACAGCGCCAUCUUGGCCUGGUGUACAUUGCUGUUUUCGUCUUUAUUAUGUUGUCCCCGCAGUCCUGAGUUAGAUGACGUUGUGAACUGGGGCAGAGUUGAACGAUACUCGUUAUCGGGAAAGUCGUAUAAAUAGAGGAUCAUUCGUAAUUUCGAAAGGUGACAGCUUUUCCUCAUGAUGCUGAAUUCAAUAUAGACCCAUAAUCGAGUUUCUCUCAGACCUACAAAUGAGCAGUGCGAGCACUCUGUCAAGAGUUUCGACCUUCUUUAACGUCGUACGGUCUGCAGCACUUGUAUCAUUCCUUCCAAACAGAAAAUUCAACACUACACAAGUGGCAGAAGUCCACCAGAACACCACUUAACCUGCAAAUGGCGAGCAUGGUAAUCACUAACAGGAGUCUAAGCCUCAGCCCGUUAAUAUCAGUACAGCCCUCUCGAGCGCUCGUGGACGAAAAAAUUACAAUUACUGUGAGAAACUUGCCGCCGAAACAGAAGGUGACGCUUCACUCACUGCAUCAAUCAGAGGAUAAAGAUUUUUGGGAGGCAUUUGGACACUACAUCAGUGACGAAGAUGGAACUGUAAAUAUGGCAGAGGAUGCAAGCCUCGGAGGCACAUAUGAAGGAACGGAACCCAUGGGGCUGUUAUGGAGCCUGCAACCAGUACCGGGGAGCCGACCCGGGCUGAGGUUACGCAAGAUGAAUGUCCUUUUGCCGAUGGUGGUACACAUCUCAGUGCACAGUGGACACAUUGUCCACGGCUUUAGCCAAGCUGCCGCCCUAGCAACAGCUGUAACUGAACGUUGGUUCAUGGCACCUGGUGUGAGGAGGGUAGAUGUAAGAGAGAGUGGAAUUAGAGGAACCCUUUUCAUCCCUCCAGGCCAUGGACCUUUUCCUGGAAUACUAGACAUGUGGGGAGGAGGUGGUGGCUUGGUUGAAUAUCGUUCUGCUCUUCUUGCAUCACAUGGAUUUGUGUCUUUGGCUCUGGAGUAUCUCUCUGUGGAUGAGAGGAGGGAAAUAAAUGUUGAGACCACUUAUUUUGAGACGGCCUAUCAGGUCCUCCAGAAUCACCCUCAGGUGCAGAGAGAUAGUUUGGCUCUAUUAGGUCUGUCAUUUGGCUCAUCAGUGACCCUCACCAUGGCAGCCUACUCUAAAGUCAUAAAGCCGCAGUGUUGUGUGUGUAUCAGUGGAAGCCAUGUCCACCUUGUCAAUAAAUCCCUGUUUGAAGUCUUUCAGGAUUUUAGCAUCAAUAUGCCUAAAGCCCGUGUGGAUGAAAACAAUCAUGUGAUCUGGAGGGGCCUAAUCCUACCAAUCCCCACAGAGCCUGGCAAGAAAGUGGAUGUCGGCAGGAUAAAGUGUCCAGUACUUUUGGUCCUUGGUGAGGAUGAUCAGAACUGGGCUACAAAAGAGUCUGCCCAGGAUAUGGAGGCUAUGAUGGAGAGAGCGGGGAAUAAACACUUGCUCACGGUCCUAAGCUAUCCUGGUGCGGGUCACCUGAUUGAGCCACCUUACUCACCUCACUUCCGCUCCAGCAACUUCAUUAUACAGCAACUUAAAAAGAAAGUGAUCAUGCUUUGGGGAGGACAGACCAAACCACAUGCAUAUGCACAGGAAGAUUCCUGGAAGAAAAUUCUGGACUUUCUAUACCAACACCUUUACAACAAACCAAAUGCUUCCCUUCAGGCCAGACUCUAGUGCUGUGUCCUGGGAGCAGAAUGAACCACGUAUCCUGUAGUAGAUUUUUUUCUUUUUCUUUUCUCUUCUUUUUUUUUUAAUCAGAUUUACUAAAAUUGUGAUAACAAGAAACAGUAUUUUGUGAUUAUUUGUUUAGAGAAAAAUAAACAGCUGAAGAAUUGAAUAGGCACCAUGUAAUUUUGACAGAAUGUUACUUACACAUAUCUAACAUAGUUACAGAAGUGCCCACACAACAAAAAGGAGCAUUGCUUUGGACAUGUUCAAAUAAAGCGGUGGAGCGCACUUAUGGGUUGUUUGCUCGGAUCAGGGGAUAGCGCAUGUACCAUCUGAGCCAGGCACAUGGGGGACACAGAAUGGAUCUGGUCCCAUUUAGGGAUGUCACUAACACCAAUAGUUUGGUGCCAAGUUGAUGCCUAAAUUCAGAAGAUGAUAAUGGCACUACUAUUUAUAUUACACUAUUAGUGCCAAGUCAAAAAUCAGACUGACUGCAAGCAGAGGAAGAACUUGGGAACACCAGUGAGCAUGUUAAAGUGGUGCACAGUGGAGCUGCUGCUGUAAUUGCACAGAAAAACUGUAAUACUCAUCAAAAAUAAAGUUACACAUGACAUUUGAGAUGGCUAAAAGCUAAACUACAUUCUGUCUUCUCCUAUGUCUAGACUGUAGCUUGUUAUAACGUCAACGACGUCCUUACCAUUCAGUUAGGUAUCUGUGAACAAAAUGUAAAGAUGUAGCGUUUUACGCAGACAUUUACGAACAAUAACUGUGUGUCAC